AUGGAUCUUAAGACGCGAGCAGUGUCGUUCUUUUUCUCCCAGUAUGUUCACCACUCUCUGACAUCGUCCGAGAAAUUCCAACCUGGAUCCUUCGAAUAUCUGCCGUCCUUGUAUGCACAGGGUGAUCCUGACGGUCCCCUGGUCACAAUCGUGCACGCUGCUGCGCUCGCCAGUUAUGCCAAUGUGGGAAAUGUCCCCAGCUGGACACUGGAAAGCUACCGUUUAUGCGGGCUGGGCAUUCUGAAAUGUAGACUUGCGCUUGGGAACCCAGUAGAAGCAAAGUCAGACGAUGUUCUUGCCAGCAUCAUGCUGCUAGGCUUCUACGAGACUCUCGCCCUAAAAGGCCGCGAAGCAAUGAAGGCAUGGAGUCAGCAUAUGCUUGGCGCAGCAGCUCUGAUCGAUUUCCGUGGUCCUAGCCAGUUCCAGGACAGAUCUAGCAUUCAAAUGUUCCUGCAGAUUCGACGCCUCAUAGUCCUCUCGGCCUACCAGCUACAGAAACCCGUGCCCUUCUCCCUGAAGAAGUGGUCGACGUGGCUAGAAUGUGCCAAUGCUGGGGAGAAUUGUGAGGUCGUUCAUCUCGCUAACCGUCUUUCGGAAAUUGUCGAAACGCUUGCAUCUGUCCGAUCCCUGAUCAAAGCAUCCAAGACAGGGGAGAUUGGUGACAUCUUAUACAUGCUUUUGCCAAUCGACAACAUGCUUCAGAGCUGGCAGGAUCAGCUCCCUAUGUCCUGGCGUCCCGUGCCUCAUCCUGCUUGCAGUUUUGAGGAUUGUUCCUUACACAGCCAUUUCGAAGGACGGCCCUUUGAGGUGUAUCCCGAUCUAUACAUUGCCUCACUCUGGAAUAAUUAUCGUGGUGCUCGCAUCUUGAUUCACGAAAUGCUAUUGUCCACGGCAAUUUCCACUUCUAUGACUACCGUAAUCGACAGCAAGCAACUGCGCACGACCAUCAACCUACUGCACCAGAUGAGCACUGAAAUUUGCCUGGGCGUCAAUUACCAUCUGAGACCAGGUCCGAAUGUCUCAUCAUACAAGUCCAGUGGUCACCAGAUUCGACUAGGUACAGACUCAAUCCCAGGAGGCGAACUCCUUGUUUGGCCCCUCUUCAUGGCCGGCAUGUUGCCUACUACGACCCCCGAGCGAAGAAUUUGGAUCUCGAAUCACCUAAGGCGGAUUGGGACCAGCCUAGGCAUUGGACUGGCGCUUUCAAUGUGCCAGACCUUGUGCCACGAGAGCGACACGAUUCCAUUCUCACACAGCGAGCUGUGGACGUAUGGUGAUUGCCGGGCCGAAGGUGCCUGCCGUUGA